UUCGUUGGUACUUUUGUCGAGUGCGGCUGCUGCCUUCGCUUAGUCGUUUGCCGUUUGUCAACCGUUUGCCAGCGUUUGUGCCGUGUGCGCCGAAAGCGAGUCCAAGCUCUUUGCAAGGGGAAUACUAUUCCAGAGGAGAUAACACCCAAUCUGUGACAAGAAUCUCUCGAAAUCGAGGCGAAAAAAAGCAACGAAUUAAACACAGAAACCUAGUGCUUAGAGUGCAUCUAAAUAAAAUAAUUAAAACUAAAAGUAAAAUGCAGAACAUCUAUGUGAUUAGUGCGCUGAUUUUGGCCAUUGCCGUGCAGCAAGGCUAUGCCAUAAAAUGCUUUGUCUGCAACAGCCACAAAGAUGCCAAUUGUGCGCUGGACAUACCGCCGGACAACUUGUUGAAGGACUGCGAUGAGCAGUACUCGUCCCGCGGCAAGGGCAUACCCACCUACUGCCGCAAGAUCACACAGAUCAUUGAGUUCUCCGUGAACAGCCUGCCCCCAGAUAGCCGUGUGAUAAGGACCUGUGGCUACCAGAACCAGACCUCCACCAGCUAUUGCUAUCAGCGUGCUGGCUUUGGUGGUCGCCAGGUGGUCUGCUCCUGCGACACGGACAAUUGCAAUGGCGCCGGAGCGUUGGGCGUCUCCUCCACAGCAAUGGUAGCAAUGGUGGCAGUGGGACUCCUACUGGGCGCCCGCCAGUGGCUGCAGCGUUAAGUGGGGCACCGAGGGAGAGAGCGCCCACCUCAGUUGUUUUAUUUUUUACUUUGUUUUUAUCGAAUGCAUCCACCCAGUUUUUUUGUUGUUACGUAUUGCUACCACUUCUGUGACUUCUUCACUUUCACCCGCUUAUUGGCCCCAUCAACAAGGUCCACUCGAUGAGCUGCUCCAGAGACUGCUCUGGGACCAGCUUGAUUUUGUAACAAUUUUUUCAAUGGAGAACCGUAAAAGCUUUAUACAAAGUAUUAAAAAUAAAAAACAAACCGAAUAAUUCCCUUAAA